UUUCAUUAUCAUUUCGUUGGUAGUAAAAUUGACAACGUUGACAGUUGACAGAUCAUUUCACUGCUGCUAAUUUUUAUAAAAAAAAUCUUCUAAAAACGGAAAAAUUUGUUUUAAAUACAUUUUCUGUUUUUAUCGGUGCCGAAAAAAAAGGAAAAUGGCAGCACCCGUUGUUAUUGCAGCUUCCGCAAAACACACCGCAACCAUAAUUUUCUUGCAUGGACUUGGAGAUACGGGUGCUGGGUGGGCAAGUGCUAUGGCUGCAAUUCGUGCACCACAUGUUAAAGUUGUGUGUCCCACUGCUCCUACCAUGCCGGUAACUUUAAAUGCUGGUUAUCGAAUGCCAAGUUGGUUCGAUUUAAAAUCUUUAGAUAUUGGAGGACCUGAAGAUGAAGAUGGUAUAAAAGCGGCUUGUAAACUAGUUCAUGGAAUGAUAGAAACUGAAAUAAAAGCUGGCCUGUCUGCAGAUCGUAUUAUUUUAGGUGGAUUUUCUCAAGGUGGAGCAUUAGCUUUAUACUCAGCAUUACGUUUUCCUCAAAAAGUAGCAGGUGUGGUUGCACUUUCUUGUUGGCUUCCUUUGCACAAGAGUUUUCCUAUGGACAUGGUGUGCCCUACUGAUUUACCAGUUUUAUUAUGUCACGGUGAUUGUGAUCCAGUUGUGCCAUAUAAAUUAGGGCAAAUGACAUCAUCCGUUCUUAAAAAUUUCUUAAAAGAUACUGAUUUUAAAUCGUACCGUGGAUUAAUGCACACAUCUUCUGAUGAGGAACUACGGGACGUUAAAGAUUUCAUUGAUACAAAAUUGCCUCUUAUAUAAAUCAAAACUAUAAUGCAAAAAAAUUACCUACACCAAAAUAAUAUUUAUUGUAAUUGAUUUUAUGAAAAAAAAACUGAUACCUCUUCUAGUGCUGUAGCAAGGUUUCUUUCCAGUGAAAACCUGAAAGUGAAUGAACCAAGAACAUUCCUCCUUUUAAUAGAAAAAAGAAAUUUUCAAAACUAUUUUAGAAAUUUUCAAUUACAAUGUUUACUUUAACAUUAUGCAUUAAGCCUUUUCUUGUGUUGUGUAUUUAUUUAUUACUUGAUAAAUAGGUAUCUUGAAUAAAAUAAAAA